AUGAGUUCAGAAGACCAAUUCACAUCCAUCCAAUGGGAUAGAGAUGAAGUGAAUAGACCAUCUAAUGAAUAUACCCAAUUCAAUCUGAUUGAAGAAGAAACCGAACAACGCUCAGAUAAUCCUCCCGAUACAGAAGCAGACAACGCCACCAUUAAUAAUACAUUAGCAAGCAAUAAAGCGGAAUCAGAAGCUCAUGCUGAUCAUGCUGAUAAUGUUAAAGAUUCUCCCAGUAAUUCAUUGUUAUUAUCCCCCGAGAAUAAUACUCUUUCUGCUGGGGUUGAGGCAAUCUCUCAAAACGAGCCAUCUGCGGGGCCAACAGUGUCUGCACCAAAUUCUGAUACACCAAUUGAAAGUACUAGUCAAGCUGCUCAACAGAUACUUACUACGGGCUUACCACCAAUGGAUACUUCGCAAUUUGAUGAGUAUCUGAUUAAGACGUCAGUUUCCAAUCCUAGUAGAGAUUUAGAUGCUGCCUCGAAACCAUUCAUAUCAUAUCUUGUUACAACCACAACUGAUCAUCCUUCAGUAUUAAAAUUAUCCAAUGAAAAGAAACCAAACGAAGGUGAGAAAUAUUUAACAUUCUCCGUUAGAAGAAGAUAUGGCGAUUUCAGAUAUUUGUAUGAAAGUUUAAAUAAUGAUUUUCCUACUGUAAUGAUCCCUCCAUUACCUUCAAAGCUGAAUUUCAAAUAUUUGACAGGUGAUACUUUCAGUUCUUCAUUUGUAAAUAAACGUUUGCAUUCACUUGAUCGAUUUAUUAGAUUCAUUUUACAACAUCGUGUGUUGUCUCAACUGUCUAUUUUCCAUUUAUUUAUUAGUAAUUCCAAUGAUUGGGCCACUUUAACAACAUCACUAAAAAUAAAAGAUAUUAAUUAUGAUGAUAAUAGUGGCGGAUUUGUUAAUAAGGUUGUAAAUGAGGAUUUGAUAACUGAGACUGUUAUGAACUUUUUGACUCCUUCGAAACAUAAACGAGAAACGAAUAGGGAUAUAUUAGAAAUUAAUGAUAAGUUGAAAAAAUUAUAUGAAAACUUGCUUAAGUUGGACAAGAUCUUUGUUAAAUUGAAUAGAAAGAACCACGACUUAAGUACAGAGUAUAAUCUUUUCCUGACUCAGAUAAUCAAAUUAGCUUCUGUUCAACAAUCAGGUACAAAUGCUGAAAAUGAACCAGCAAAGAUUGUAAAGAGUGAAGAAUCUGUUAUUGACAAUUUCAAAACAUUUGCAGAAUCGUUAAAUUAUUUCCUGAAAUCUUGGGGUGAAUUAUACAAAUAUAUGGAUGAAUCGUUUUUAGUAUCACUUAAAGAUUGUGCCAAGUAUAUUGUCAAUUUAACAAAUUUAAUUGAAUUGCAACAUAAUAAGAGAAUUGAUUUACAAGUGCUACAGGAUUAUUUGAAUAAGACACGAGCUGAAUUGUCAGGAAUGGGUGGCUCUGUUGAUGGUCCUUCCAAUCGUCCUCCUCCGAAUCCAGUUAUGAGCUACCAGAGUGGAGGAAUAGUAAACAAUACCACUCAGUUGAUUAAGGAUACGUUAUCAACAUCAGCAACUCCUCAUAUUGGAUCCAAUGCUACUGACAACAAGAUGCAUAAGCUCGAAAAUAGAGUGCUUCAAUUAGAAAAUGAAAUUACUAUGCAAACAAAAUUAGUUAAUGAUUUAACAAAUAAAAUUAUUACAGACGAGUAUCCAAACUGGGACAGAUUUAAUAAAACUGAAUUGAAGAGUUCGAUGCUCGGUUUGUGCGAUGAACAAAUUAAUUUCUAUAAAGGGUUAAUAGAUAAAUGGGCAGAUGUUGAAACCAAGCUAACACAAAGGCUAGAUGGGUUAAAAUAG